AUGUCUGACGCCCCUCCGCCAACAGUCAGCCUUGGAGACCUCCAUCUGCCACGCAUUCUCUGUUUGCACGGCGGCGGCGUCAACGCUGAAGCUUUUCGUUUGCAAUGUCGAGGCUUAUUCCGCUCCCUGAACGGCACAUUUAGACUUGUUUUUCCCGAUGCGCCCUACCUGUCCCCCGCUGAUCCUGGUGUCAUGCCCACCUAUGCCCACCUACAGCCGUUUCGGCGCUGGCUGCGUUGGGAGAUAGAGCAAGCAAACCCUGGCCCCGAAGCUAUCUGCGGCGAUAUCGACAGGGCUCUGCAUGAAGCAAUGAUCAGUGAUGAUGCGAUGGGGGCCACUGGUGGCUGGGCUGCCAUCAUGGGCUUCAGCCAGGGUGCUAAACUGGCUGCCAGUUUGCUGCUCCGCCAGCAGCUUCGUGCAGAGAAAAUUGGGAAAGACCAAGCGGGCUCUGACUUCAAGUUUGCCAUUCUUCUGGCUGGGCGCGCUCCUUUGGUCGCUCUUGAUGCGGAUCUGUCAGACUCGCUGGCCCUGGCCGAUGCGGAUGAGCUCACGACUGGUGCCUUUGCACAGGUUACCGGCUCUUUUCUGCAAGGGUCAGACCACGUUCUUCGCCUACCCACUCUGCAUGUUCAUGGAAAGAAAGAUCCUGGCCUUGCUAAUCAUCGUCGACUUCUUACCGACUUUUGUAAGGCGGGUACAACUCGCUUGGUAGAAUGGGAUGGGGAUCAUCGGGUAGUCAUCCAAGCAGCAGAUGUUGCAGCUGUUACAAAUGAGAUUUUGGCAUUGAGUAAACAGACCGGUGUGAUAUCUUUGCAAAUCUUUUUGAUAACAACCUCAGCAAUGGAAUUGUUCUUAUGUGGUCCUCAGGCUAGCCUUCCUUCUCCGAAGGAUUUGGGUCAACUCCGUCAAAUCCUACUGGGCCAGAAAUCUUUAUAUGCAUCACUGACGUUAACUUUAAACGACUUGCCUAACCUUCUUCGACAAUUGACUACUUUUGACGUCAAUUUGAAACGGGCCCCAUCGGCUGCAUCAAUCGACUGUCUUUUGCAAUGGCUAGAUUCAGGACAUUUAUCUCUACCUGUCGACGACCUCCCCAAUAUUGCUUCUUUGCCCUUCGCCGUCAUCUUACAAGUCGCUCUCUUUCUUCAGCACUUGGCGAAAAACAAUACAGGAUCUGAUUAUGGUCAGACGGUCCAAGCACUGCAGCAGUACGGCGUACAAGGCUUCUGUACAGGCUUUCUUACGGCUGCUGCUAUUGAUUUUUCUAGAAAUGAGGAACAGUUGGCCGAAUACACUGCUACCAGCUUACGUCUCGCUAUGUGCAUUGGUGUCUAUAUUGACCAGAACGCUUUAUAUGCCGAGCCUCCAAACCCAGUCUGUGCUCUGUCGGUUCGAUGGAAAGAAGGACAAUUUUCAAAACGUCAAGUUGAGGAUCUUUUGGCUGGUUAUGCACAUGCUUACAUCGCAUGCAUCACCGACGUCAGUUGCGUUACGGUCACUGCCCAAGCGAGUGACGAAAAGCAGCUGACUGAGGUGCUAAGAGAGGCUGGGCUUCGUGCUAAGAAGAUCAGUAUCAAUGGUCGUUUUCAUUCUGCUGCCGACCACAUCACUGCAGCUCAAACGCUGAGGAAGUUUACAAAAUCCGUCAAAGGUCUUCAAUACCCCGAAGCGUUCCAGCUUCAAGCCCCACUUCGAAGAAACGACACUGGUGAGCUCAUUACGGGAGGUGAUUCAGUUACUGAUAUUGCGUUACACGGCAUUCUACUCCACACGGCCGACUGGUAUACGACCGUGCGGAAAACCUUCGAUGCUUUCCCCACAGACCACCCAAGGGUGACCACAUUUGCGUUUGAAGGAGUUGUGCCCCUCAGUCUCUCGCAAAGAAACGAAACUAAUGAUCAUGUCAACAUUACUAAUGGGGCGAACGGUGUGAAUCGCGUCAAUGGCAUCAACGAGAAUCUGGAAGCUAAUUAUCCUCCGCAUUCCGUUGCGGUAGUUGGCAUGUCUUGUCGAUUCCCCGGCGCGGAUGAUGUUGAUAAAUUCUGGGAUCUUCUGGAGUCUGGAGUCUCGAUGGUUCGAGAGGUACCCUUAGAUCGAUUGAAUCUAAACAACCAUCGUUUGGCAGAUUAUGCGAAGACCAAGUUCUGGGGCAAUUUCAUCGAUGAUCCCGAGAGCUUCGAUCAUCGCUUCUUCAGGAAAUCUGCUCGAGAAGCAGUCUCCUGGGACCCCGAGAAAAGAAUUUUGCUAGAAGUUGUCUAUGAGGCCUUGGAGUCCGCUGGUCAUUUCGGACCAGCAGCCGCAAACCACCCAAAUGAUUAUGGUUGUUAUAUUGGCGCUGUUGGCAACAACUACUAUGACAAUGUCGCUUGCCAUCCACCAAACGCAUACUCAAUGUUAGGAACUUCGCGAGCGUUCUUUAGUGGCCGUAUUUCUCACCAAUUUGGCUUCACAGGGCCCGCAAUGACUAUUGAUACUGCAUGUUCUUCAUCACUAGUUGCAAUAAAUGCCGCUUGCCGAGCGAUUCAAUCUGGAGAGUGUUCACGAGCAGUUGCAGGUGGCACUAAUGUCUUUACCAGUCCUUUCGAUUACCAGAACCUGGCAGCUGCCGGAUUCUUGAGCUCGACAGGGGCAUGCAAGCCAUUUGAUGCCUCCGCCGAUGGCUAUUGUCGUGGGGAAGGUGUUGCAGCUGUCGUGCUGAAACCUCUUUCAGCGGCUAUUAAAGAGGGUGAUCAUGUUUUAGGUGUGAUCGUUGGAUCCGCUGUUAAUCAAAAUCAUAACGAUGCUCAUAUCACUGUUCCUUGCUCUUCAUCGCAAACCGCGGUUUACAACAAGGUACUUGGCAUUGCCAACUCUUCUUCAUCUAGCGUGACCUAUGUUGAGGCUCACGGUACUGGAUUCACAGGAACUCAGGUAGGGGACCCAAUCGAAUGCCAAAGUAUCCGCGAUGCCUUUGGAGGUUCCCACCGUAAAGAGAUGCUCCACUUUGGAUCCGUAAAGGGUCACAUUGGCCAUACAGAGGCAUCGGCAGGUGUGGCUGGCCUUAUCAAGAUCCUUCUCAUGAUGCAGCAUAACACUAUACUUGGGCAAGCAAGCUAUAGCAAUCUCAACCCCAAGAUACCCGCACUUGAGCCCGACAUGAUGGCUAUUCCGAGAAAGUCUCAGCCCUGGAAGACUUCCUCGAAAUUCGCUUGCAUUAACAGCUAUGGUGCAGCUGGAAGUAAUGCUGUCGUUGCGAUCCGUGAGGCCAUGCCUGUCUCUUCUACAACGUUUGCAAAGCGGCCGACAACUACAACAAAACAACCCUUCUUCAUGUCGGCUUCAUCAGAGGCUAGCUUGGUUACGUAUGCUAGAAAACUUCUGGCGUACGUAGAAGUACAGCGAACAUCUUCUGAGAAUACUUCCCACCUCCUUUCUGACAUUCUCUUCAACUUAACAGACAGAAGUAACCAUAAGUUGGCUUAUUCGGUUUCGAAAACCCUCAUUUAUUUGAAGGACCUCGAGGAGAUGCUUAGUAGUAUUGUCACAGGUUCUGAAACCCCAAUAAAAGAUGCCGGCUCCGGCCCACGUCCAGUUGUCCUAGUCUUCGGUGGCCAGGAGAAAGAUUUUGUCGGUCUCUCCAAGGAGGCCGUGGAUAACUCAGCGCUGUUUCGAUCUCAUCUGGAUACAUGCGACUUUGAAUUGCAAUCGCUUGGCCAUGGAAGUUUAUAUCCAGCCAUCUAUCAACGCGAGAGCAUUCAGAACCUGCCAACUCUCCACGCAGUUCUCUUCGCGGUUCAGUAUGCAUCUGCAAAGGCUUGGAUUGACAGUGGACUGCGUGUGAGCUCUAUCGUGGGACAUAGUUUUGGCCAAUUGACGGCAUUGUGUAUAUCUGGAUGUCUUUCUACACAGGAUGCAUUGAAACUUGUCGUUGGUCGAGCGGAGCUAAUCAACGUCUCUUGGGGUGAAGAGCGGGGAUCCAUGAUUUCUGUUCAAUCUGAUCAUGCAGUUGUUAAUAGUAUCCUCGAUACAAUUAACACUGAGUCGCCUGACAGCAAGCUAGAAAUUGCCUGCUUCAAUCACCCAACAAAUCAUGUUGUGGUAGGCACAACCAAGGCUGUCGAUAUUUUCGAAAGCCACAUUGCCGCCGAUAACAAACUUCAACAGAAUAUCCGAGUCAAACGACUGAAUGUUACACAUGGGUUUCAUUCUGCCUUGACUGAAGGCAUUCUACCGGGACUCGAGAGCCUUGCUAAUAGCGUGCAAUGGAACAAGCCAACAAUUUCCAUUGAACUAGCAACGGAAGAACAUAUUGCUCAGGAACUUGGCGCUUGGUUGAUUCCACAUCACAUACGAAAUCCGGUCUAUUUCUCCUCGGCCGUUCAAAGACUUGCCCAGAAGUUCCCAUCUUGCGUUUGGGUGGAAGCAGGUCAAGGAUCCUCUGUCAUGUCGUUGGUCAAAAAUUCCGUUAAGGGUGAAGGUCAGCCGCUCUACUGUCCGUCCUUUUUGAAUGGGCCCAACGCAAUUUCUUCUGUGGCGGAGACUGUCGUAGAGCUAUGGAAGACUGGCAUCCACGUUCAAUUCUGGCCCUAUCAUCGAAGUGAACGAAGUCAUUUCGAGUAUAAGAGCCUUCCCCCAUACCAAUUCGAGAAGACCAAGCACUGGCUUCCCUUUAUCAACCAAGCCGCUCCAGAGCCCGCCCCAACUGUGGCUCCUGCAACCCAAACUAUUAUUACGCAUGAAUUCAUCUCGUUCUUGGAAUUUUCAGACUCAAGUAAGAAGGAGGCCGUUUUCCUCGUCGACCCCGAGAGUGAGCGCUACAUGUAUUUGUUGAAUGGUCACAUUGCAUCCAACCAAGCUCUUGCGCCUGCGUCGCUGUACGUCGAGCUCCUUUCUCGCGCCGCCAUGAUCUUAACAAGCAAUGCGAGUUUUGACACACAUGUUAUUAACAUGAACUCCAUGCAAAUGAAAGGCGCACCCAUUGGUCUCGACUCAAAGAAGAACAUCUAUAUCAAGCUUACACGCAUCACCCCAGAUGUGGACUACUGGGGUUUCGAAUUCUCUAGCAAGUUAAAAGAAGGCGGCGAGGUUCAGAUUCAUGUAAUCGGCAAAGUAGGACUCGGCAAAAGGGACGAUCCUGCACUGGCUGAUACGAUCAUGCAAUGGAGUGCUUUGAUAGGGUAUAAGAAGUGUCUCUCUAUCAUGAACAAUGAAGACGGAGAAAAGAUGCAAGGUAGACACAUCUAUCAGGCGCUACAGAAACUAAUCUUCUUCGACGAAAUGUACCACGGCAUUAAGAGCAUCUCAUAUCAGGGCCAUGAAGCUGCAGGAAAAGUCGCGGCAACGUUAGAUCCUAAGCUUUCUCCCAAGGAGGCAUUAUAUGACACUCCGACCAUUGACGGCAUGAUGCAAUUCGCUGGUGUUCUCGUCAACUAUUUUGCACACCCUAGUGGGAAAGAUGUUCUCCUCUGCCAGGGUAUUAACCGUAUCGUCACUGGCGGUGCGUUUGAUAUUACUGCUGGAGAGUGGAUCGCAUACUCACUUCUAACUGAAGACACCGACGAGCGAACCGUCAGUGAUGUCUACAUCUUUGAUAAAAAGUCACAACAAGUCGUGAUUGCGUUCAUUGGAUUUGUCUUUACACGGACUUCGGUAUCGGUUUUGCAGCGAUCGCUCCGAAGUGUCAAUUCUGGCGGGUCUGGCGCUAACCCUACACCAGCACCCGCAGGAGUCGCCCCAAUACCAGUCGCAGUCACUGGGGUAUCUGCAGAACCUAGUAAAGCAUCGAAAGUUCUAGAGGUAUUCCAUAACGUUACAGAUAUCCCAAUGGAUGAAAUUGCUCUUGGCUCGACACUCGAAGAACUUGGCGUCGACUCUCUCUUGGUGACGGAGGUCUUGAACGAGAUACAAACCGCCUUCGGGCUUGAUAUUGAACUCAAUACAUUCUUGUUCUUUCCUAACGUCAAGGCUGUCUGCGAUUAUAUCGAUUCAGCACUAGGUCUGGGAAUCCAGGCUGAACCCCCUGCUUUAGCCGAAGCAAAAGUGAAAGAUGUUGCUGUUCGGAGCCUACCGACUAAAUCUCUUGAUGUUGACUCGAGACCAUCUUUACAGCACGCCCAGAAAGUAUUUGCUGAUUGCAAAGAUGCCUAUGAGAGGGCUGCCGUCGAGACCAAAGCUGUCGAAUUCUGGGAAAAGUGCUAUCCUCGGCAAGCGGCUCUCGUGCUCGCGUACGUUGUCGAGGCAUUUGCUAAAUUGGGCUGCAAUAUGGCUUCUAUCAAAGCUGGAAAUGCAGCUCCCAUGAUCCCUCAUUUGACCAACCACAAGCAACUCGUGCGCCAGCUUUACCGUGUGCUUGAAGAUGCCGGACUUAUCAUCGUUAACGACCAAGGCCAAUUUGUUCGCACAACAAAUCUCGUCGACCCUACACCCGCCGCGACCAUCUUCAAGCAGAUCAUUCCCGAGUUCCCCCUUCAUGCUAGCGUGCAUAGAAUUGUCCAGGUCGUUGGUUCGGAACUUGCAGAGUGCUUGACUGGCGAGAAGGAUGGUCUUCAGAUCGUCUUUGGCAAUAAAGAGAAUAAGAAGACCCUUGAUGACCUCUACGAAAACUGGCCUCUCGUACGCUCUGGCACGAUUGCGCUGGGCGAGUUCCUCGAGAAGGCCAUGGCAAAUCCCGACAAACCUGGUGUAUUUCGCAUCCUUGAAGUUGGUGCCGGCACAGGUGGUACGACCAAGUAUAUUGCCCGUCACUUGCAAAAGCUAGGCAUUCCAUUUGAGUAUGUCUUUACGGACUUGUCCCCAUCGCUGGUUGCAGCCGCCAAGCGAACAUUCAAGGAUUGUCCCGAGAUGGAAUUUGCGACGUUGGAUAUUGAGAAGGAUCCACCGGCAUCGUGGAUCGGUUCCUUCCACUUCAUCAUCUCAACAAAUUGUGUCCACGCGACUAGAAAUUUGACCACAUCGCUAACGUCGUUGCGCAAGCUGCUCCGCAAGGAUGGCGUUUUGACUCUAGUCGAGAUUACCCGGAACAUGUUCUGGUUGGACAUUGCGGUAGGACUGUUUGAAGGAUGGUGGUUAUUUGAAGAUGGCCGCGAGCAUGCCGUAACGCCUGAGUGGCUUUGGAAAGAACAUAUGCUUCGUGCGGGAUUUAAUGCUGUAGAUUGGACAGAUGGCGAAGAGCCCGAGGCGCGUACUAUUCGUGUCAUUGCUGGUUUUCCUACAAGCUCAAGUACUUGA